UCGUCACUACCCCACAAACUCCAUGAAAGACAGCCUUACACUGCCAUGCAGGCAAAUUUGUUUAGCAACACCUGAAAAAAUGAAGCUACUCCCAAGUUAUUAUAAUUAUGUCUAAAGGACCAGCAGUAGGCAUUGAUUUGGGCACCACAUAUUCUUGUGUGGGCAUCUUCCAGCAUGGCAAGGUGGAAAUCAUUGCCAAUGACCAAGGAAACAGGACCACGCCCAGCUAUGUGGCCUUCACCGACACUGAGAGACUGAUUGGGGAUGCUGCAAAGAACCAGGUUGCCAUGAACCCAGCCAAUACUGUAUUUGAUGCUAAGCGUCUGAUUGGUCGAAAGUUUGACGACGCUGUGGUGCAGUCUGACAUGAAGCACUGGCCCUUCCAGGUCGUGAAUGACUCAUCCAAACCCAAAGUGCAGGUUGAAUACAAGGGUGAGAUGAAGACCUUCUAUCCUGAAGAGAUUUCCUCAAUGGUCCUCACCAAGAUGAAAGAGAUCUCCGAGGCUUAUCUUGGCAAGCCUGUGAAUAAUGCAGUUGUCACAGUUCCUGCUUACUUCAAUGACUCCCAGCGUCAAGCCACCAAAGAUGCUGGAGCCAUUUCAGGGCUUAAUGUGCUGCGCAUCAUCAAUGAGCCCACGGCCGCAGCCAUCGCUUAUGGCCUGGACAAAAAGGUUGGUGCUGAACGCAAUGUCCUAAUCUUUGACCUUGGAGGUGGUACUUUUGAUGUAUCAAUCCUGACCAUUGAAGAUGGCAUCUUUGAGGUCAAGUCCACAGCCGGGGACACUCACUUGGGUGGGGAAGACUUCGACAAUCGCAUGGUCAACCAUUUCCUUUCAGAGUUUAAGCGCAAGUUCAAAAAGGAAAUCAACAGCAACAAGCGAGCUGUGCGUCGUCUGCGCACAGCCUGUGAGCGCGCCAAGCGCACCCUCUCCAGCAGCACUCAGGCCAGCAUUGAGAUUGACUCACUCUAUGAGGGAACCGAUUUCUACACUUCCAUCACCAGGGCUCGAUUUGAAGAGCUGAAUGCAGACCUGUUCCGUGGCACUCUUGAGCCUGUGGAGAAGGCCCUGAGAGAUGCCAAGAUGGAUAAGGCUCAGAUCCAUGAUAUUGUUCUGGUUGGUGGCUCCACACGUAUCCCAAAGAUUCAAAAGUUGCUGCAAGACUUGUUCAAUGGCCGUGAUCUUAACAAGAGUAUCAACCCUGAUGAGGCUGUGGCCUAUGGUGCAGCUGUGCAAGCAGCCAUCUUGGCUGGUGAUAAGUCUGAGAACGUACAGGACCUGCUCCUGCUGGAUGUCACGCCCCUCUCCCUGGGAAUCGAGACUGCUGGAGGAGUAAUGACUGUCCUUAUCAAAAGGAACACCACUAUCCCAACCAAGCAAACCCAGACCUUUACUACUUACUCAGACAACCAGCCUGGUGUGCUCAUUCAGGUUUAUGAAGGUGAAAGAGCCAUGACCAAGGAUAACAAUAUUCUUGGCAAGUUUGAGCUGACUGGUAUUCCACCUGCUCCCAGAGGGGUUCCUCAGAUUGAAGUGACCUUUGACAUUGAUGCCAACGGCAUUCUCAAUGUGUCUGCAGUGGACAAAAGCACUGGAAAGGAGAACAAGAUCACCAUCACCAAUGACAAAGGUCGACUGAGCAAGGAGGAGAUUGAGAACAUGGUGCGUGAAGCAGAGCAGUUCAAGGCCGAGGAUGAGGUCAUGAGAGAAAAGGUUACAGCCAAGAACUCCCUCGAGUCUCUGGCCUUCAACAUGAAGAGCACUGUGGAGGAUGAGAAGCUCCAAGACAAGAUGAGCCCUGAGGACAAAAAGGCCAUUGUAGACAAGUGUAACGAAGUCAUUUCCUGGCUGGACAGGAACCAGACGGCAGAGAAGGACGAGUAUGAACACCAGCAGAAGGAGCUAGAGAAGGUCUGCAACCCAAUCAUCUCCAAGCUUUACCAGGGGGGCAUGCCAGAGGGCAUGCCAGGGGGGAUGCCUGGAGGAAUGCCAGGAGGAAUGCCUGGUGGCUUCCCUGGUGGAGCUGGAGGCGGAUCCUCCUCUGGCCCAACUAUUGAGGAGGUCGACUAAACGUUCUGUCAACAGCAUCUUUAUUCCCUCUAUAAGGACAGGUGUUUCAAAUUGAUAUCUACUAUAAACACUGUAAUUCUCACAUUGAACAGCUGUUUAAAUUUGGCCUAAGUCAACUGUAUCUGUACCUGAUGAAUAAACCCUAAAUGAAUCAUCUCA